GUCAAGUUUGACAGCGGUGUUAACCCAACAUUUGCAAUUCCAUAAAGUGUGACAAAAAUGAAUAAUUAUGACUUGAUUGUGGUACAAAAUGACUAGUUUCCCUCCCCUGAACACAAACUAAAUGAAAAAUACAGCUGACAAAUUUCCUAACCUCCAAAAUGAGUAAGCAAAAAGACCUCCAAUUUCUGGUGUAUUUGGCCAAAAUUGCGUACCCCAGACACAAUUCUCACUGUUUUAUUAUUUACAUGAUUGUAAACUACUGUGAUAUUUUGAAACAACAACAAAUAUUUACAUUACGAGGAGUUAGCCCCGAAUUUUUGACCAAUUUCGUCCGGGAGACUCUUUGGGACAUUGAUAACACGAUAGUUGUGAAUGAUAACGUGGAACGGAGUUGUCUUAAGUACAUUGUUGUUAAUAACACUUCGAGGAAAGUUAACGUAAUUACGAAAAAAUUUGAUAACAAAAGUGUGGCCUUGUUGAGUUACAAUUUGUUGUACAAUUUGAAGGGGGCUAUAACUGGCAGUUUUAAAAAAUGUGGGUGUGAAAAUCUCCAAUUUGCGGAUGAGGUCGAGUUGUCUUUGGUCAAUUCGGCGUGUGAUUGGAGCCACUUUGUUAUAGAUUCUUGUUUAAAGAAUUUUUUUGAUGUGCCAAAAUUAUUAUACGAGGGAGAUUUGAUAAGUAUAGACUUGAAAAAACACGGAAAAGAGGUGUUUUACCAAACAAAUAAAAUUACAAAUAUCAAUGAGAAGUUACACUUUAAAUGUAAUAAAAUAAUUUAUUUGGGGGACAACGUAGAAGGGGGUUAUUUGUGUUCGAAGAAAACUACCCUAAAACAGGCUACAAAUAUUCAGAGUUUUAUUCCAAAUGAGAAUCUAGAUUUAGAAAAAACACUCCCAAGUGCCUUUGAUACGUAUUUUGGGGAUCUUAGAAAAGCUGUUCUUCCAUUUAUCAAGAAAAAUAAAAGUAAUUUUUUACCAGUUUUUCUUCUCGAAGGGCGACGAGGGAGCGGGAAAAGUUUGUUAAUCAAAUGUUUGGCUUCCACACUAGGCAUGCAUUUGUCCACAAUUAGUAAUUUUGACGUUACUGCAACUACUUACGCCCAAAAUGAGACGAAACUGCGGAAUAGUUUUUUUGCUGCGAAAAUGGCCGCCCCCUCCAUCUUGCAAAUAAGGAAUUUUGAGAAUUUUGGGAAAAACAACGAAGGACAGUACGACGAACGAUUGAUUAGUUAUUUUAUAAAUGAAGUUAAAACUCUCUUUGAAAGCAACUCAUUUCCGUUGAUUUUAAUCUGCUGCAGCAGCGAUAAAAAUAUACCAAUAGAACUCAGACGAACUUUUCUGAAAACUUUCGAAAUAAAAGCACCAAACGACCAAGAAAGAGAAAAAAUAUUAAACUGGAUUUUAGAGAGUAAAAACAUUACGAGUGGAAUUAACAUGAGCCAAAUUGCCAACAAAACUCACGGAUUUUUAUUUGAGGAUUUGCGAACAUUGAUUCAUUAUGCUGAAACAGAAAAUAAUUUAGAAGAAAAAUUCAUACCUCGAGAUAAUUUUCUCCGUGCUUUGGACUUGAUGCAAUCAAAUUAUAGUGAGAGUUUAGGGGCACCAAGAGUGCCCCAAGUCAAGUGGUCGGACGUUGGCGGUUUAACGGAAGUGAAACAAGAAAUAAUUAAAACUAUAAAAUUGCCCCUUAGACAUCCCGGACUUUUGAAAUCGACCGGAUUGAAAAGAUCCGGGAUUUUGCUCUACGGCCCUCCGGGCACCGGAAAAACCCUCAUGGCGAAAGCGGUCGCCACCGAAUGUGGUUUGUGUUUUUUGUCAGUCAAAGGCCCCGAAUUGUUGAAUAUGUAUGUGGGCCAAUCGGAACAAAACGUGCGAGAGGUGUUUGAAAAAGCGCGUGACGCCUCCCCUUGCAUAAUAUUUUUCGACGAAUUGGACUCGCUGGCCCCCAAUAGGGGCGCUUCCGGUGACUCCGGCGGCGUGAUGGACAGGGUGGUUUCCCAACUUCUGGCGGAAAUGGAUGGUUUGAAUCAAACCGGCACUGUUUUUAUCAUAGGUUGGCAGCAGUUAUUAAUUACACAAGGCGAAAAGAAAAAGUCAUGUCGUGACAAACUUGACAAAUUUUAUAUCAUUUUGUUCGUCUCAGUGAGACAAAUCAAAUGCACUAAAAAAAAUUUCAACUCGAUUGUGGUAAUUUUUUUUUUUUUAGGAACAAAUGACUCAAGUAGAGGGACACCAAGUGACGUAAUCGUGUCUCUGGACGACUUUAAGUGUGCCAUCAAGACCAUCAAGCCCUCAAUUAGGCAAGAAGACUUGGAAUACUACAAUAAACUGAAGUCCGAUUUGAAAUAAAAAUUGUGUCGCAGCCUUGGCCGCACAUUGUGCAAACUGUAAAUAGAAAAAGUGCAAACAACAAAGGUCACGGCUAGUGGUUGUAGCAGUAAUUAGUGGUUUUUAUGUAAAAAACGGAAUUUGUCUGGGUUAAUAAAUGAUGAACUACUA